AAAUGUGCAGGAGUUUGAAAAUUUUGGAGACAACGUAGACUACUCCGGUCGCUUUGUUACGGAUAGGGAAUUUAUCUCCAUAGAUGAGUUACAUAGUUGGGCCGAUGCGAUAGCAAUUACAAUCGGUUUUCUAUUUACACGUGCUUCUUAUAAAAAGAAAGAAGGACGUUCCAGAGUUAGUUGUUAUUUAAGAUGUCACCGCUAUGGUAAACUUAGGGGUGAUGUAGAUAAUGUAGAUAAUGCUGCCCGACCUGGUUCUAAAAGUAGGAGUUGUGGGUGUAAAUUUAUGAUUGUAGGAAGUAGUCGUAAACCAGGAGAAAGACCUUGGACGGUAAGGGUGUGUCCUGGUGUAAAGGGAAAACAUAACCACCCGUUCUUGGUGUACAGAGAUGGUCAUGUAAGGGCGAGGAUUAAUGUAGAUAUUCGGGAGCACAUACGACAGCUUAGUGCAACCGGAAUGCAACCGGCCUUUAUUAUGAAUUCUAUUAGAGAUAAUUUUCCUGGUUUUUAUGCUAGUAUGAAUCAGAUAUAUAAUAUUAGGCAAUCAAUAAGGAGAGAUUAAAUGGAGGGCAGGACUCCCCUUCAACACUGUCUUCAUAUGGCCACAGAACAUAAUUAUGUGGUCUGGACAGAGUUGGAUAAUGACGGGCACUUGAGCAGACUUUUAAUUGCAAAUCCUACUUCAAUCCAAAUGAUACGUACGUGGCCGUAUGUUGUGCUGAUAGAUACAACGUACAAAACGAACAAAUCAAAGUGGCCACUAUGUGAAGUCAUCGGAAUGACGCCAACAAAUCACAACUUCUUGGUUGCGUUUUGUUUGAUGCGAGAUGAGGCGGCUGUGUCGUACUCGUGGGUGCUGCAGGGAUUGAGAGAUAUUUUCGGCAGUGCUCAGACUCCUAGCGUCAUUGUAACCGAUCGUGACGAAGGUUUAUCUGCAGCUAUUCGUGACGUCUUCCCAGAUGUACGUCAUUUGUUAUGCACCUGGCAUAUUGGCAACGAUGUUGAGAACAUGGUGGACAAGUUGUGCGGCGGCAAGAAAAAUCAACAAGGGCAGUUAUUUAGGAAAAGUAGAUGGAACCCCUUGGUUGAAAGUGCUACAAUCCGGGAAUAUGAAAAGAGAUGGGAAGGGAUCGUCACUACGUGGUCGAGUGGAAACGCGAACGCCAAUGACAAAGAGUACUUUCAAUCUCUGGUCGAUGAAGUCCUUAAAUCUGAUCCCGCUUUUGUUCGCCGAAUGGCUGAGGUACUUGAAUAUGAAUUACACCCAGAUGGUGCGGAUAUACCUGAGCCUUACGCUAGUCCACCGAGAAAGGGAAGACCAAGCACUAGUAAAACCAUGAGAAGGAGAAAAAGUUCAUUUGAAUAUAGCCGAUCAUCUUCUCGUGGUCGAGGGUCUAGAUCUUCUUCCCGCGGGAGAUCAAGUGGCAGAUCUAGUGGCCGAGAGACGCAAUCUUCAGUAGGAAUUAAGUUCAGUUUCAACUUAUCCGAUGAUCCAGGAGGUCGUGAUUUCUCACAGUUUCCAUGGCCUGAUUACAUCCCAUUCAUGCUUCCUCCUUAUUUGUUCGACUGGAUUGAUGUGUUAGGUGAUGGUAACUGUGGAUUUAGAGCAAUUGCCGUCACAGAGCUGGGAGGCGAGGAAGCAUGGCCUAUUUUAAGACGUGCUAUGAGUAUGGAAAUGCAAAUGAACAGAGCGCAAUACCUAACUUUGUAUCUAUCUCAUGAGUCACUAGACGAGUCAAUAUUCAGAGUAGGUUCACACACCGAUGGACCUGCUCCUUUCAUGCACUGGUUCGAUGCACCGAUGGCUUUCUACUCUGCAGCAACGUUUCUUAACAUUGCCAUUGCUUUUUAUGGUUCUGCUAACGGUGAUUCAUUAAACAACUGUUUGAUUCUUCCUUUAAUAAAAUCACAGGCCGCGAGAAGUGUAAAUAAACUAAUACAUAUACUUUGGGUUAAUCGAAAUCAUUUUGUUCAACUUUUUAUGAACGACGAUUCAUCCCCUCUGCCGCCGAUCCACCCACGUUGGAAACAAGCAGCUGACAAUUUCGCGAAAGAUCUUGACACAAAUUUCACUACGAGGAUUAUGCUGUGGAAUAAUCUACGCGGGGCACCCCCACCAACAAAUAACACCGCUGACGAUGCUGUAAAUUUUGAUACUCCAUAG